AUACUCUUUCCAUAUUAUGUGAAAAUCAAACUACACCUACCAUUUUCUGUUUAUUGCUUCGCUAGUUUAUGUGUUGAAUUUGUUGAAAUAAAACAAUGGCAAAUAAUAUUUGUGAUAAGGAUAUUAGAUCCUUUAUCGAAAUUGUAAAACAAAAUAAAUGGGUUUACAGUUCUAGUGAGAGAAUAUCUGGUGAUAAAGAAAGAAAUGAAAUGUGGGAUAAGUUAGGCAAAAUAAUGGAAACGCGUAAAUUUAAUUUUAAAGAUUAUAAAAAAAAAUGGAAAAAUCUUCGUGAUAAAUUUGUUAGAUGUCAUAAUAGAAAUUAUAGCAAGUGGACUUUUUUCCAAGACUUAGAGUUUCUGAUACCUCAUAUUCAUCACAAAAAUAAUAAACAAUCAACAAGAAGCAUGUCAAAAAAUGCAACAUUGAUGAUGACCUCGCAAGAAUUUUCAGAAGAAACUUUAAUCACAUUUGCAUCUCCAUUAUUGACAACUUCGUCACAAUCUCCAGUUAAUUCUAUCUCGAUGCCAAUAUGUAUAGAACAACAGGAGUCACAACCUUCAUCAUUAAAUGCAAUAAAUGAUUAUAAUAACUUUACAACAUCUUUGUCAAAUUGUGACGCAUCUGUGCAAAUAAUACCAUCUUCUCCCCCAAAUAGCUCACCAGAAUCGUCAUCAUUAAUAUGUUCAGAAGAAGAUGAACUAGAUUCAUCGAAAUCCUUACAUUCAAAUGUUGGUUCUGUAUCGCUUAUAACUCCUAAUCAAUGUGUUGAAGUAGUAGAUGUUUCGGAAACUUUACCUUCAAUUUCCGGCUCUGUUUCACGAAUAAGAGCUAAUUCAAGAGUACCUGUAGCAGUUUCAAUGUUCCAAGAGUCCCUUAAAAGAAAAAAGCAAAACCAACCUUCAAAAAUUUCAGAACAUGCUAAAAUUCAACGAAUGGUUGUACCAGCGUGGGAUGACUUUGCAAAAAGAAAGAAAGAAAAAGAAGAUGAAGAUAGCAAAUCAAUUUUGAAAAAAAUUUCAGACGUUGCGGCCAGUCUGUCGAGUGUUCCAACUCAAUUUCAAGAAUAUAUACAAUUGAAAAAGGAAAUGUCAGCUUAUCAAAUAAAAUGCACUAAAGAACAACAUAUAAAUAAGAAAAAUGUACCUGAUACUGGAAAUAAUGACGGUUUUUUCAAUAUAUUUAAAAGAGAAUAUUUAAACCUUUCUCUUGCUGAUCAAAAAGAGCUGUUCCCUUUAAUUCUUGAUAUACUCGAAGAAUUCUUGGAAUAAAUUCUUGAUAAAUUGUUUUUAAAUAUAAUGCAUAUAAUUUCAAUAUGUCUUAAUGUGUAGAAAAUUUUUUAUUGUGAACAAUUAUGCUUUUAAUUAAGCUGAAUUAUCUUACUUUUGCAUUACGUUUUAUUUUACUUUUUUUAAAAAUUUACGUUUUGAAGAAGAAAACAGUUUUCUUAAAAGUAUAUAUCGCAUUUAUUAUGAUGAUUUCAUAAUUUUUAAAAAAAAUUGAUAUCUCUAAAACAUAAAAGUAUUAUUAUUGUUAAACAAAAUAUUUUUUGUAAUUUAAGUAUAGUAAAAAUUAUUGAAAUAAAAUUUAUUUUUCAA